UUGGACCCUGCUGCGGGUUGCGAGUUGCUGGGGACGGGGCUGAAACUGCUGCCUGUGCUGCGAGCACGUUGAAGGGCGGGCGGCAAAAUCAGGACGGGGACAAGUCAGCGAGACCGCCGCCACACCCCGGGGCCCCCAUCACCACUAGCUCAUCACCAGCCCAUCAGUCAUCUCGUCCCAGCAGCAUGCAGCAGGAGGAGGACGCCAAGAUCAACUCAAUUAUGAGCAGCGCUCUAGUGCAGCGCAGCACCGGUGACACGGGCGUGCUGGUCUACACGCACGCCGUGAUCAAGCACAGGCCCCGGCCCACGGGCGAGACGCCCUUCACGGUGCCGCCCCGCGCCGCCCCCUUAUUGGAAGCGGAAGGAGGCUUGACGGAGGGCCCACAGGACACCUUUACCAAGGCAGCGGCGCAGAACCACCUGCGGAGCCCUCGCGUGCGGCUCGAGCAGAGUGAUUGGCAGCUGAAGGAGAACAAGGCCGUGCCGCAGCAGAGGCAGCAGCUGCAGGCAACGGAGGCUGCUGCGAGGGAGGCCCAUCGAGGACCGGCCGGGGCGAGCAGACCCAGCACAAGCCACACCGCGGAUGUUUUGCGCGCCGAGAUCAUUCGUCUGAGCGAGAGGGUGUCUGCCCUUGAGGGAGAACUGAGACGGGCUCAUGAUGCUCUCAAGCAAGCAGAAAAAGCCGAGAAGUCACUGGCAACAGAGAAGGUCUCCCUUCACAAGGAGCUGGAGGACACGCAGGGUGCGCUGGAGCGGCUGUCCGAGGGGCGCCUCGGCGUGGAGGGGCGGCUCCGCAACGCCGAGCGGGUCGCCGCCACGCUGCAGCGGGACAAGGAGGAGCUGGAGCAGCGGGGGCGCCAGCAACAGCGCACCAUCGAGCGCCUGCACCAAGAGCUGCAGGCAGCGCGGCAGGAGGCGUCUCGAGCCUCGGGUUCGGCGGAGCUCGCGGGGUCGCGCGGCGGGAGCGGGGACGUCCCCGGGUCGGAGAUGGAGCGAGCGCUGCAGCAAAAAUCGAGGCUCCAGGAGAUGGUGGAGAACCUCACCGUGGAGUUGGAGGACCAGACGGCCGAGCGGGAGACGCUGGCGCUGCAGACUCGCCGGCUGGAGCGGCGCGUCGGGGAGCUGGAGGCUGAGCUGGAAACCGCCAUGGCGGAGCGCGACGCCACGUUCAAGCAGCACAAGCAGCUAGAGGAUCGCAACAAGGAGCUGGAGAUGGAGUAUGCCGAGCAGUGUGAGAACCUGGACCUCAUGAUGAAAAAGGCGAAUCGCCUCCGUGAGCAGAAGGAGGAGCUGCGUGUGGAGCUGGAGCAGAAGUGCGUGGACAUUGAAAGCCUGAAGAACGACAACGCGGCGCUGGAGAGACAGAAUGAUGACCUGCGGGGCCGGGUGUCCGAGCUCCAGAGCCUGGGCAGUCCGGACCAAGGGGCCCUCCUCUGCGAGCUGGAGGGACGCUUGCGUACCCUGGAGGCUCACCUGGAGGCCACUGAGAGGGAGAAGGAGAAGCUGCAAGCGGAGGGCCGCAGGCUGGAGGAGAACGUGGUGGACGUGACGAGGCGGCUGCAAUCGGAGCGCACGCAAACGAACAGCGAGAGGGAACAGGUGAAACAGCAGCUUUGGUCGUUGAGGCAGCAGGGCGAGGAGAGCGAGCGGCAGCUGGAGCACGCGUUGGGCAUGAACAAACAGCUGCAGCACGAGCUGAACAAGCAGCGCUCCGCCAACGAGGGUCACCUCGUCGAGCUCGGCGCGCUGCGGCAAGAUCUGCGCCAACGGGCAGCCGCGCCGACGACGCGGUCGGGGCAACCGCUCCGCUCGUCAAGUUUCCCGUCGGAGGCUACCGAAGACCCGUACGCAAACGACGACUCCGACCUUCCGGUUGCCGUCUUCUGAUUCGCCAGCAAUCGAGCGGCCGAGGAGGGGGGUGGGGGCGGCCGGAGGUCAACACUUAUGAUGGGUGCAUUUUGUAUAAUUCAAGCUUUGCUGGGCGAGGCGUUAUAUUUGAUAUAAAAAUCUGAAAAACUAAAAUCAAACGGGUUCCGUGCUGCCAGCCGCUUUCCGCGUGUCAACGCUUUGCCACCGCAUUGCACAGCAAUGCAACGCGAAUGAUUGCACGGUUCUAAGAUGAAAUACUCGUCGCGCGUCUCUUGCGGUCAGGCACGCAGUGCUAGCGCUUGACCUGCAUUUCACUUCACUUCGCUGGCGCCGUGCAUAAGCAUCGCCGCCGUAACACGCAACGCAUCGCACGUGCGUCCAAAACGUCCCUCCUCCCGUGUCGAGACGCACGACGUUUUUUGCACGUCCGUGUCACACAACAGCCACCAGGUUUCGUCGCCAAGGGGUUGGACUGUGCCACUGGGUAAGGGUCUCGGGAGUUGAGCCCUAGAACGUAGCGAGCCCAACUUUUUAAUCGUUUCGAGUUGAGAUUCUAGGUGUGGGGCAGAGUGCGUGAUGUCCACACUUGUGUGACCAACUAUUCCAGUUGAUCGGUCCGACUCUUCCCGGGUAUGUGCAGGUUGAUUGCGAUCAUCACAGAUGGUUGGGCACAAAGUUUCGUGGACAUCACACACGGCUUCAGACUCACAAUUAUGAAUGCAUUUUAGUAAUAUGGUAAUGAAAUACUAACUCUUUAAAUGCAAUUAUAUUAUGACUUAAAGCUUUCGUGACUGCAGGAAUUCAUAUUCUUGGGUCUGGUAAAGUUGUAGAUCGGUUCUAUCUACAACUUUACCGAAAGACCCAAGAAUAACAAUGGUAUUAGUUUUUCUUAUGAACAGCACAUGAACAGUAAUUAUGAAUAAGACUGCCACUGUAAUAUGUGAACUGUUUUGAAAUUGUAUAUGCUAUUUAGUUAAAUCUUUGACCACAAUUUAGGCAUUUUAGUAACCCAUAUUUGUUGCACCAUCCUAUUUUUUUGCACCAUUAUAAAUGAGUAUAAAUGAAGAAUUUAGAUAUAAACACAUCACUGUGCAACUAUGUAGGUAGAACAAAAAUGUAGUACAGUACUGUAUUAACCUUAAUGAGAACUUAAUGUUUGUUUUUUAUCUUGAAUUAAAAUGCCGAUAUUAUUUGUAAUCUGCUUUCUCCGUUUGAAAUAUAUAUUUUGAUAAAAAAAAUGUUUAAUUACACAUUAAAGCGACAGCUGUCUGAUGUUUAAAAUAAAGAUGUUUGUUCCUAAACUGCUUGUCAAAAACAAACCCCGUCCACAUUGUUUAGAUUUCAA